AUGAAUUAAAAAGAAGAGCAAAUACUUGAAUAUCUCAAUAACUUAUAACUCUAAAUUACUGAUCCAACUCAAAAAUAGUAGGAUUAUUAUGAAUCAAAAAAGCAUAAAAUUAUUAAUUUAGAACAUAAACACUGUGAUAGCGAUCCAUCAUCUCCCUUUUCACUUAGAGAGAUAAAUAGCCCUAUAUCUCUCUUUCAUACAUAUAGUGUUUAAUUAUGCGAACUCAAUACUCAUCAUCAUCAUAAUCAUCAUCAUAAUAAUAAUCAAUAGAGUCAUCAUACUCUUAAUUCAUUCAGAUUACACUUAAAUAUACAUUCAUCUACAGAAAAGAAGGUAGAAAUUUGA